AUGGAGGGAGCAAGAUCUGUGACUGUAUAUUUCCCUGAAGCACAGUGGUUCGACUACUAUACCGGUCUCAAAGUGCCAAGUGCCUGGAAGAAGAACUAUGCUACUGUGUCUGCCCCACUGAACAAGAUCCCUCUGUACAUCCGUGGAGGGUACAUUCUGCCCCAACAGGCACCAGCCACAACCACUACUGAGAGCCGCCUGAACCCAUUUGGACUCAUUAUUGCCCUGGAUGAACAAGGACAAGCUUCUGGAUCUCUCUUCUGGGAUGAUGGUGAUUCCAUUGAUACUAUUGAAAAAGAGAACUACUUCUUGGCUAAGUAUACAUUCAGCAAAGGAAGCCUGAAGACAGAAAUAGUUAAAAAUGGCUACCGUGGAGCUGACACUCUGAAGUACAACAAAAUUACCAUUCUUGGCCUGAAACUGAGACCUCAAGCUGUGUCUCUGAAUGGAAGAUCCAUCCGUGGAGAUGCUGUGUCUUAUGAGAUGAGUGGGAAACUGGUUUUGCGGAUUUCUGCUCCACUUACUCAGGAACUCAACAUUAAGUUUUACUAAAAUGGUCAGAACACAUUGACCUCAUUUAGCAUUCUUGGCCCUCAGAUAUUGAUCUCACUUCAAUUUUAAUGUUAAAAUAUAUAUAUAUAUAUAUAUAUUUGUCAUUAAAACAUUGUAUAUGAACCUGAUGACUGAUGACUGAUCUUUUCUUAUGUAGUAUUUGUAACUCAGUAUUCCUCAAAUAAAAUUUCCAGUAGCAGUUAAUGAGUAUUAACAUAAACUGAUGUGUGUUCAAAAUAGCAUAGAAGAAAUCAUCCUGAAAAUCUCACCAC